AUGACGCUGGUUAAUACAGACUCCAACAUGAUGGAGACGAAACUGGCGACAUUCAAAAAUGCCAAAUUUUACAAGAUUCCUCCGCCAGAGGUUAUUCCCGAUACCAUGUUCGCUAUAGGAGAAAAUCCUGCUAAGGGGUAUAAGGAGAUACAGAUAAUACGAUACCAGUUCAAGCCUGAGAACUGGCGUUUAAAAAGGUCCAAUUAUCUUUUCAGAGGAUCUAUUGAGCUUCACGAGUUGCAAAGUUUCGACGCCUUGGACUCGUCCAAGAGUUUAUCAGCAGAACUAAAAUGUCGCCUGACUAUUAAUGCUCCAGGAGUUGAAAAUUGGGGGAAGGCAUAUUAUGAAAAGCUUUACCACGAGGGACUGUUGGUGACAAACUAUAAACAGCACAGUCCAUUUAUGACAAUUCAGAAGAUCAUUCACCAGCAUUAUGUGCUAAUUUUAACAGAAGGUGAUAAAAGGAUAGCUGUUGGGAUGAUUCUUCAGGAUUUCUUUGACGACUUACGACUCACUUCUAACCUGAAAGACUUUGAGGAAAGAUUCAGGAAACUUCUUGCUUUUAAGGACAACUUUGUGAGCGACUCCCCUACUACAGCAAAAGAAGACCCCUCAAAAGGGUCGCCCAACAGGUUUAAUAUUGAUGAUGACGACGAGUUUGGGGAUUUUGUAGCCGGAUAG